AUUUAUUUUGCUUCUUGUUAGCAUGAAAUCUUAGAAUUCUAAAAAACUAAAUUUGAAGAUAACUUUAAAUAAGAAAUCUGUUGCAUAAUUGUCUAAGGCUGAUAAACCACCUAGCUCUGAUUGUUCCUAAAAAACUAUGUCAUCUAAUGAUAAGGUAAAUAAAUAUGACUUAUUUAGACUACUGCUUCUUCUUUACAAUUAAGUUUUAAAUUUAAGGAAAGUUUUUCAACUCCAAAUCCUUCAAUAAUUUCAGAGGGUGAAAAUAAAUGUAUUUUUGCUUGAUUUAUAAUUUCAGCUGUUGAACCUCAUUAAUCUAAGUUCAUCUAAUUUCUUAUUCAAGAGAAUUUACAACUUAUAAAACAAAAUUCAGACAAAGACAAAUUAAUUACAAAACUUUUAACUACAAAGAAGCCUGUAAUAUUGUAAAGAGCCAAUACAUCUAACACAGAACGAAAUAUAAAUAAAUAUUCUUUAAAAGAACAGUAAUAUAUAUUCAACUAGAAGAUCUAGAAAAAAGAAUGAAUUAAAGAAAUCCAAUUCUCCUCUAGGAUUCACUUUUUGUAACACUGAUUAAUAAGUGAAUGAUGACAGAACAAUUUAAAGUCAACCAAUGACCACUUCUUCUAAAAGACUCCCCAAAGAGUUUUAAAUUGUACCCAAACAAAGAAAGUUUUUCAUCUGAACCAAC